AUGCUGGUCAGUGGUGAACGUACGGGUUGGGCUUGGGCCCACAACGGGAGCACGGUGGAUCAGCUCAUUGGCUCGUUGCAGGGUUCGACAAAAAUCAAAGCAGCCUCCCCUCUAUCUUUCUUCCUCCAGGAUAUGGCGCCGCAGAAGGUGGUCUUGAAGAUCUCCGCCAUGAGCGAUGAGAAGGUGAAGCAGAAGGCAAUGGAAACUGUUGCAGAUAUCUACGGAAUCAAUUCGAUAGCUGCUGAUCACAAAGAUCAGAAGAUGACUGUAAUCGGUGAAAUGGACACCGUCCUCAUUGCCAAGAAGUUGAAGAAGUUCGGAAAGAUCGACGUCGUCUCGGUCGGCCCAGCUAAGGAAGAGAAGAAGGACGAGAAGAAAGAGGGGAAGAAGUGA